AUGGGCAACGUCAGUAGUGUGCCCGAAGAGGGUGCACCUCUCUAUCUUAGAGAUCAGAAUCGAUUAUCUAUCUCUUCCGCUGUCAUAGCUAGCACGAAACGGCGCACCUCGAUGAAUAUCGUUCCGAAUGCAUUCCCGGCUACGAGAGUAUCUGCAUCGCGAGCCUCCGGCGACCCUAGUCCUCUAGAGUUUGUUUUGGAUACCGAGCAAACCAAUCCCGGUGCAGGCCCCGGCUUCCUGCUGAAGCUUUCCAACGAUGACGACCUAGUCUUCACCUUUACCUUUGUCAUUCGCCAGUCACAAAACAUCGUCCAGAAUCAGGCAGGAGGUAUCGAGACGGUCACGCCCGUGGACACCCAUAUAAAUGGCCUUACCUUUGUGUUUGCCUCCAAUACCCGCGAAGUCGAAAAUCUGGUGACUCGAGAGUUCCACGCCGACCCCAACCUUCACAAGAAUGCGAACGUUGCGCUUGUCGGGACCUAUUCGACCGAGGGCAGCGCCUCAGUGACCUUCGAAUGGACAUGGCGUUGGAAACCGCCCAAGAGCACCGAAGACCGUGGCGGCGGCUGGAGGAACUCAUGCAGUUUCGUCGAGUAUGACCAAAGAGCACAUCGCUUGAUCACUCUGGCUAGCUUCUCCUUCUAUGUCACAAACACAUCCCCAUACCUUAGCCAGCCUAAUUCGCCGACCCCGCCUCUCCUGAGUGCUCCCCCUAAGGUCCGCGCCGUGUCCGCGCAGUCUCUCGAGUCCCAAAUUAGUACCAUUCCGGAACACGAAGAAGUUGCCUCACCCCAGCAGGCUGCCGCCGACACGGCAAACAGCCUAGCAUCUGCACCGCCGGCGCCAAAGGAGCCCAUCAAGGUCGAUGUCUCUUGCCCUCGACCUGGAGACGACAUCAUGUCAGACGACGGGCCGGUCUUCAGGGCGACCAUGAAGGCGCUUGAGCAAAAGACUGGCAACAUGAGGAUGCAAAUGAAGCGGUUAAUCAAAAGGGCCGAACACGUUUACCAGGCGCAGCAAGAGGCCAACGAUGCCUUCGCUGCCUUCAUGGACGCCCUGAAAGAAGUUUCGGCAACUAAUGCAAAUGCUGUGCAGCCUGCCAUCGAGCACUACUUUGACAAGAUCGCCCGCGAGAUCCUGUCGUACGAGCGGCAGAACACCGCUAACCUGCAAAAGAUUGUCAUUGAUCCCGUGAACAAGCUCUACCAGAUGGAUAUCAAACAGGCAGAAUCCAAAAAGCGCGACUUUGAAGAGGAGAGCAAGGAGUUUUACGCCUACGUCAGCCGGUAUCUCGGGCAGCGCCACGAUUCCGUCAAGGCGAAACAGAGCGAUUCCAAGUAUCAGACGAAGCGCAAGAACUUCGAGCUGAAGCGGUUUGACUAUUCCUCCUUCAUGCAGGACCUUACCGGCGGGCGCAAGGAGCAGGAGAUCUUGUCGCACCUCACCAGGUACGCGGAUGCCCAAGCUAGGUACUUUCUGCGCACCGCGAAGAAGGUCGAUGAGCUGCUCCCACAGCUCGAAGCGCUGUCCACUGAGGUCCAGGAGGCGGACAAGGAGUAUCAAUACCAACGCCGUGAGCGUGAAGAGAAGAGAAGGCUUCUCGAAAAGAGUAAUCUCCCGUACAACGAGCCCGAGCCGCCCUCGACCGCAUCCGGUCCCAGUCCCUCAGCCGGCCAUACCAAUGGGAUUCAGUCCAACUCCGACACCGAAAUGAAUCGCGCAGACAGCACUGGAUCCCAGCUCAGGCCGACGCGUUCCAUAAAUUCUGGCAAUUCACCGAAUGCGGGCGACCUAUCCAGGUCACCGGGUAGCCUUAGUCAACAUGGUUCCGUCGGCAGCCCUCUGCAGAACAAUAAGUUCAAGGGCAUUCGCGAUCUCGAGGAAAGGGACCCCAAUCAAGCGGUGCAACCUGAUAAGGAUGCGCCAAAUAGGAAGGAGGGUCUGCUCUGGGCGCUCAACCGUCCUGGCGGUCACGUCGACCCGCGAAACCUGAACAAGCAGGGCUGGCAUAAGUUCUGGAUUGUGUUGGACCAAGGAAAGUUGUCCGAGUACAGCAACUGGAAGCAAAAGCUGGAUCUCCACAUGGAACCCAUUGACUUACGUCUUGCUUCAGUCCGGGAGGCCAGGAACGCAGACCGACGCUUCUGUUUUGAAGUCAUCACGCCCCAGUAUAAGCGUGUUUACCAAGCAACAUCUGAAGAGGAUAUGAAUAAUUGGAUCAUGGCUAUCAACAAUGCGCUGCAAAGUGCCGUUGAGGGCCGGUCAUUCAAGGACAAGCCGCCGGCGACGGCCCAUGCGGACAUGGGCUUCAAUGGGAUGGACAUAGGCUCGAUGUUGGUGGGCAAGAGCUCGUCGGUCGGCCACACUAGCCACAGCACAAGCGCCAUCCCCUUCAGGCGGACAACUGUUGGCGCGCGACCUAGCACUGCGCGCGGCAACAGUUUCGAGGAGAAGCCCGACAAGCUGCUGCAGAUGCUGCGCGAGAACGACCAAGGAAAUUGCUGGUGCGCCGACUGCGGGUCCAACAACAAAGUUGAAUGGGUCUCCAUCAACCUCGCCAUUAUUGUGUGCAUCGAGUGCAGCGGCAUCCACCGGUCGCUGGGGACACACGUCAGCAAAGUGCGCUCCCUCACCCUCGACACAACUUCGUUUACGCCCGACAUCGUUGAGCUUCUCCUCCUUGUUGGCAAUAGGGUAUCCAACAUGGUCUUUGAAGCCAGGUUGGACCCGGCCAUGAAGCUCACCCCUCAGGCAAACCGGGAACAGCGGCUCAAGUUCAUCACUGCCAAGUAUGUCGACCGCGCCUACGUCGAGCCCCUCUCGGCCACCCUGUCGAGAUAUGGCACCGCAGAUGAUACCCUUUUGGCGGCGAUCAAGCGCAACGAGAUUCAGCAAAUCCUCUACGCCCUGGCUCUCCGAGCCAACCCCAACGUGACCGACAAGUCCCGCGGCACGCACGCCGUCUACCUUGCGCUAGCGGCAGCAGACCCAGCCCCGCCCUCACCAAUACCCACCCAGGCGCAACCCCACCCCACCCCGACCGUCGACCGCGUGGUGCCCUUCCCUGUAGCGGAGCUCCUCAUCCAAAACGGCGCCGAGAUUCCAGAUUCUCCGCCACCAGUGCCCCUCAGCCUGGCGGCGCAAGCCUACCUCGAGAUGAAACGCGGCAGAAAAGCAGCCAUCGAGGCGUCGGGCUCGUACGACGCCUCGACGGGCUCGGGCACAGCCAUGUCGAGUCAGAAUGACCGGCUACAGCGCGAGCGCGAGGCCAGGCUCCAAAAGCGGGUCAGUGCUGGCGGCAGGCUGGCCAAGACGCCCAUCCCGGAACGCUAG